CCCCUUUUUUCACUAAGGCAAGGUGUAUUCUUGCUCUUGGGAUUCAUUUUUUUUUAAAAGAAUCUUUCUUUUUAUGAACUUAAUCAUCAAACAUUUUAACAUAAUGAAGAACAAAAAAAGAAAUUUGCAUAUGAAACCAUGGAAUUCGAUUAUGUACAUUUCUCCUCUCUUCCCUCCCUUUCUCCCUUUUUCCUCCCCCCUCCCCUUCCUUCUCCCUCUCUUUCCUUCAUUCCUUCCUUUCCAAGGUGAGACUCCAAGGUUAUUGGAGAGAAGUUCCCAGAGAAAAAAGCCUCGACAAUUGCACAACUGGGUAUAUAGCUGGAAUCUGACUGUCUGGAAUGCUCCGGGUGGCUAGCCCAUAGACAGGAGACUAAUGAGACCUGAUCCUUGGACUUUGGAUGGAGCAGGAACUGGGACAAGGGCUGAUUAGUGAUUCUGCCAGCCAGGGCCAGGGCUGAGUGUGCCCUGCUCUCUUCCAAGUUGCAAGUGUCUCAGAUAUUCUUCCCACAGGUAUCAUGUGGAUGUUUAUUCUCUCGAAGAAGCCCUUCUUUGAUGUUAAUAUCCAUUUGUUUCCAAGACUAGCAAGAGCUCGCAGCUAUACCCUGAUGUCUCAAUGGCAGAACAAGACCUCAGUCCAGAAGAAUUCCCAGGUGCUCUGUGCCACACAGUUUAGGAGAAUGGCUGACCUCCCAGAAGAUGAUGCUGUGCCUACUUCUGGUUCAAAGAGUAGAAAAUCCAAGGAUAAAUGGUCCUUUCCUGUAUUAGAUGGACGCAUUCAUCGGGGACACAAUGAUACAACUGAAGCAAACUUGAGAAACAGUGAAGCUUGUAUUCAGAGAUAUUUAGAGUUACUUGGAAAAGUCUGCCAAAGAAAAGAAAAGGACAUCCUAAGACACACUCGAGACAACCACAAGCUAUUGGCCCGUGACCGUCUCAGGCUGGUUCUAGAUGAUGACAGCUUCUUUGAGCUUUCCCCACUGGCUGGCUAUGAUUUACCCUAUGGCACAAUCUCAAAUGCUGGCUGUCUCACUGGAAUUGGGAAAAUAUGUGGACUUUGGUGCAUGUUAAUUGCCAAUGAUGCAACAGUGAAGGGAGGAACUCUGUAUCCUAUCACAGUGAAGAAACAUCUUCGAGCUCAAAACAUCGCAAUUUUGAACCGUUUGCCAACAGUGUAUUUGAUGGACAGUGGAGGAGCAUUUCUGCCCCUACAGGCAGAAAUUUUCCCAGAUCAUUGCCAUGGUGGAAGAAUUUUCUAUAAUGUAGCUCUCAUGUCCUCUAUGAAGAUUCCUCAGGUGGCAGUGGUGUGCGGUUCUUGCAUCGCCGGAGCUGCCUAUGUUCCUAGUAUUGCAGAUGAAACUAUCAUCAUAGACAAGAUUGGCUCCAUGUUUCUUGCUGGGCCUCCCCUGGUAAAAGCUGCUACAGGAGAAGAUAUUUCUGUUGAAGAGCUAGGUGGAGCCACUCUGCAUUCUCGAGUCAGUGGCGGUAUUGAUUAUAUCACAUCUACAGAGGAAGAAGCCUAUGAACAGGUUCGGAGUAUUGUGAUGACCUUCAAUUGUGGAAAGCAUGUCAAAGAGUCUGUGGAGUAUGAUGAUCCCUUAUACAGCCCAGAGGAGCUGAAAGCUUUGGCCCCACAGAACCAUGAAUGUAGCCUAGAUGUGAAACUGAUUAUGAGUCGUUUGAUUGAUGGGAGUCGAUUCCAGGAAUUCAAAGCUGAAUAUGGAACCACUCUUGUAACAGGUUUUGCUCAUGUAAAAGGGCAUCUCAUUGGCCUGGUGGCGAACAAUGGGGAGCUCACCCAUCAGGCCUCCCUCAAGGGCAGCAACUUCGUAACUCUGUGCAGUCACCGGAACAUCCCCAUCUUGUUUCUUCUGAAUAGUGUCCCACGAACAUCUCCGUGCACAAGACUUGCACAGGCAGAGGAUCUAGGCAGAAGAGUCAAGGCCCAGGCCUGUAUGAUGGCCACCAUCGCUUGUGCAGAAGUCCCCAAGAUAACUCUGGUCAUUGGCGGCUAUUUUGGAAACGACAGCUAUGCUAUGUGUGGAAGAUCGUUCGACCCUAAUUUCUUGUUCCUGUGGCCCAAUGCAAGAGUUGCUCUUGUUGAUUGCAGAUCUCCAUUUGCCGACUUUCUAGAAGGAGAUGAAAACUUCUCCACAGACAAAUCUACAUUAAAGAAUCUGGAGAAAAAAUUGGAGAAUGAAAGCACAGCAUUUUAUUCCUCGGCAAGACUGUGGGAUGAUGGAGUCAUACUGCCCCAGAAUUCCAGAGAGGUGAUUGCAAAGUGCUUAGAGAUCAUCAAACAGAAGGACCACCAGACUCUCCCUUUUCAGCAGCAGCCCAUUCUCCGAAUAUAAUUAAAAAUAAUUGUUACAUGUAUGAAA